AGCGCCCAAAUCAUAAACUGUUUAAAGCUUUAGUAUAUCGCAUAGAACUUCAGGGAAGGGAUUUGUUCUUUACAAAAAAAAAAAAAAUGAAAGUCGUUCAGUUGUUAUUGGCAGUUAUUGUAAUAAAGCAGUGUUGUGGACUUGAAAUACCGUUAGAUGGGGAACAUGGUUUGGCAAUAUCUUUACUUGAUAUUUUUAGUUCGGCCCGCGAUAUCGCAGCUGGACUCGUGCAAUCCCAAGGCAAUCAAUUGACGGCGGAUUAUUUUUUCAGAUAUACGACAAAUGCAGUGCUUUCAUUUCCAUCGCAGGCGAUCGUUGCUGUAGUGAGUGCUCUAUGCUCGGCAAUUCUACGCGAGGAUGCCAUCCAACCUAGGCCGAAUGCAAUACCGGACGUAGAAGACGUUGCAAUUCAAUUACGCACACCUUGUAAUAUAAGAUCGUAUCCAGUAAAAGAAUUGGUCAGAAUAGUGGACGAUCCAGAUUUCGACAUCAACAAGAAAGUCGUUAUCGCGUCGUCGGGUUGGCUUACCAAUGCCAACAGAUCCAAUGAUGUGCUUGAUGGAAUCGGCAAAGCGUACCAUUGCCGUGGGGAUACAAAUUUCUUGGGCAUCGAUGUGGGACGCUACAUACAAACGCUCUACACGUGGUCUUCACUGAAUACAAAUCGAAUUGGCGAAAUACUCGCAAUUGCAUUGGUGGACUUCGUAGAAGUUGUGCCGCUGGAAAAUAUACAUUUGAUGGGUCACAGUUUGGGCGCACAGAUCAUGGGAACAACAGCACGGCAUUUUACACGCCUAACUGGUAGACAAAUACCGCGUGUCACUGGUUUCGAUCCAGCCGGCCCGUGUUUCGAUUAUGGCGAAAUUCAAACGACGCUUUCGGCUAGCGAUGCAGCGUUUGUUGAUAUCAUCCACAGCAAUACCGGCGUUGCCGGUCAGUCAGAGCCCACGGCGCAUGCGGAUUUUUUCGUUAACGGCCGUUUUCCCAUACAAAAUGGUUGCGACGAUUCAGUUUGUUCACAUCAACGUUCCUGGCAGUACUACAUGGAGUCGGUGUAUCCGGGUAACGAAUACAAUUUUCUAGCAAGACGUUGUACAUCGCUCUUGCGUCUGGACCAGGAACGUUGUGUGGGCGAUGAAUAUCCGAUGGGCAUUGCGACACCGAUAGGUCUACAGGGGCUAUUCAUACUAAACGUAAACCCGACCGAACCAUACGGUAUGAAUGCUACAGAAAAUUAUACAAGUCCUAAUUCGGAGUGCGGUGUGUGUGUACCCACUGUUGAGAGUUUUGGGGAUCAUGUGUGGGAUAAGUUUUGUGAUUCUUUAAGAAAUAAUUCAGAACGUUCAUAAAUAUUUUUUUUUUUGGAAUAAAUGUUAAGUCCGCAAGAGGACUGCGGAGAUUCGA